AUCCGAUCUGUGCAUUACAGUAGCUCUCUCGCUUCGUAGAGCGACACUUCGUCAUUUUCGCAUCCGUGCGAAAUCCCGAACGAACGAGCGGAGCGAGCCGCGUCGCCAUCUUUAGGAACGGUACCGACUAUCUCCGCUAUCGCCGCCUGCUUCGCUUUGAGAGCUUAAAAUCAGUCCGCGACUAUAGUAAAAGAAUUCGUGUGUUUAGUGCGAUAGCGCGUACUUUGUUUUCUAUCGCGAGAAGAUGCGAUACACGUUUGUUCGCGAUGUUCAUUUAAUACGUCCGAGUCAAAGUUUGUGGUGUGCGUGUCGUGUAAGUUGAGCAGACGACGUUUCGCAAGCGUUCCGAGGGUUGAGAGCGAUCGAAACCGACGUCAUUCUCUCGUUCCGUUCGACCCUUGUUUCAAACUGUCGUUCUCGAGUUGCGAUUUAGCCACUCGGUACUAUUACUGUGAGAACCGACUAGUGUUUAGUGUUUUGAUUUGUCAAACGAGUGGGACGAGAACACGUCAAAGAAAGUUGCUGCGGUGUACGAGAGUACGGCGACAAGUUAAGGCAGAAAUAAAGAGAGAAGGAUAAGAAAGGAAAGACUGAGACAGCUCUAGUAGACGACGAGAACGACGGGCUAGUACAAUUGACAGGAAAGAUGGCGCAAGGUGCGGACGAGGAUUAAUGCUGACCCAUUUUUCCGCGCGAAAUCGCUCGGUCUCACUUUGUCAUACAAUUAAGGGACCACAAAGGUUCGUAGCGAGUGCGAGAAGUCGUACGGUUGUUAUUAAGUGAAUCGAACACUGGCGAAAAAAGGGAAGGAUAGUCCGCCAUCGGUAGGAGUGUAUCCAUCGUGCAGUGCGCGCGUGUGCCCUGUUCUUGCGUAAGUGUGAGUGCUCUCUCGGACGUCUAUAGGUCUCGUAGGGCCAGCAUUGACAAGUAUCGGAUAGAAACAUUGGGAAUCGUCGGUGACGAUAGGAGAGAGUACGCGGAUAGUGGAGGAAAGUAGUAGAAGGUAGUAACAAUUUUGAAGAGAGCGGAGAUUGGCAGGGCCGUGGUAGGCUCGACUACGGAAGAGGGCAAACGAAAACGAAAACGAAGACGCGGUCUUCUGGAACUUCUCGAGCUGUGUAGAGCCCUGGCAGGCUCGUGUACGAGCGCGGCUGCUAAGAUGGGCAACAAUGCCGCGACUGCAAACAAAAAGGUUGACGCUGCCGAGAGCGUCAAGGAGUUUCUUGACAAGGCGAAGAAAGAGUUCGAGGACAAAUGGAAAAGAAACCCUACAAAUACUGCUGCCCUUGACGAUUUUGAACGAAUCAAGACACUGGGCACCGGUUCGUUCGGCCGUGUGAUGAUAGUGCAACACAAGCCGACCGGAGAGUACUAUGCCAUGAAAAUACUCGACAAGCAGAAGGUCGUGAAACUUAAGCAAGUGGAACACACGCUUAACGAAAAGAGGAUACUGCAGGCGAUUAGCUUCCCGUUCCUGGUUUCAUUACGGUUUCACUUCAAGGAUAACUCUUAUCUUUACAUGGUCCUCGAAUAUGUCCCAGGAGGGGAAAUGUUUAGCCAUCUACGAAAGGUUGGUCGCUUCUCGGAACCACACUCGCGCUUUUACGCGGCGCAAAUCGUAUUAGCGUUCGAGUACCUUCACUACCUCGACUUAAUCUAUAGGGACCUCAAGCCGGAGAAUCUGUUGAUCGAUUCACAGGGCUAUCUGAAAGUCACGGAUUUCGGCUUUGCCAAAAGGGUACAGGGUAGAACAUGGACCUUAUGUGGCACGCCGGAAUAUCUCGCGCCCGAAAUAAUUCUCAGCAAAGGAUACAACAAAGCUGUAGACUGGUGGGCGCUCGGUGUCCUCGUCUACGAGAUGGCUGCCGGUUAUCCACCAUUUUUCGCUGAUCAACCAAUCCAAAUCUACGAGAAAAUCGUGAGCGGAAAGCCACGAUUUCCCUCGCACUUUGGAUCCGAUCUGAAAGACUUACUACGUAAUUUGCUGCAAGUCGAUCUUACCAAGAGGUACGGUAAUCUGAAGGCCGGUGUAAACGAUAUCAAGGGUCACAAGUGGUUCGCCAGUACCGAUUGGAUAGCCGUCUUCCAAAAGAAAAUCGAGGCCCCGUUCAUACCGAAAUGCAAAGGGCCGGGAGACACGAGCAAUUUCGACGACUACGAGGAGGAGACGCUGAGGAUUUCGUUGACGGAGAAGUGUGCCAAGGAAUUCGCCGAAUUUUGAAUUCCCGCAUUGAUUCAAGAUGGUCACACGUAUCGCGUAUACAUUCAUACACGAUGGUUCGUCGCUCGCUGCUCGCUUUUCUUCGGGCGAGGAAUAUAGAUGAAGUAAGAGAGCGGGAGGAUGGGAGCGAGUAGUGUAAACGAGAGAAUGUAUUACAUGUAUGCAAGAUAGAAAGAAAGCGUAUACAGGUGUGUGCGUGCGCGUGUAUGAUUCUGUGCGUUUGCGGGCACGCUCGAUGCAAUAGUUUUAUAGAGGAAGGAAGGAAGGAAGGAAGGUGGCUUAGUAGAGCGGAGAAAGGGAAAGGAAGCUAAGAAGGACGAGCACGUAACAAGCUGAUGGCAGAUUUUGCGCUUUAUUUUGUGAUCGUGGACUUCUGAGGAGAGCGGAAACGGAAAGAGUAUACGAAGGAAACACGGUAAUCGGCGUCGUUGAACGUAUCGAGAUUGACAGAAAUAAAAGAGAUAUAAUAUAUUGGAUGAAAUUACGAUAUAUUGCAUACACAGAUAUCAUAUAUAAACACACACAUACACAUACGCGUACGCGUGUGCUCACACUCAUAGUCACUGUCACCACUACGACUUUUUACAAGAGAAACAUCUUUUUUUUUUUUCAGCCAAGUAACUGACAUUAUUGACGUAUGAGAAUGACGAUAUAUAUAUAUAUAUGUAUUUAUCUAUUUAUUAUAUAUAAAUAUAUAUAUAUAUAUGUAUAUAUUUACACGUAUAUGUGUGUGUUCCCUAAGAUGGCUUUAUUAUCCGGAUUACUAGAGGCGGCGUGUGUAAAGAUUGCUCUCGAUAAGUACUAUUAAUAUCGGAAAACGUGGUUUUGCCGGGAUUAUUUUGUACAUACAUCUAUCUGUCCCUGUAAUCUUUAUGAAUGUUCCCCGAUCCCCUUUUACACCACGCCCCUCUACUCCAUCGUCCUGCCUCUUUUACCGCAUACAAAGUUUAUAAAAAGGGACUUGACGGGAGAAAAUGGAUAUAAAAUACACCAACAAUUAAUUGUCAUGUCGUGCAUUGUUGUCUAUCUGUCUACGAGCAUUUUUCUCUUCAUUCUCGUUGGGAGAAAAGUUUUCGCCACGAUACGAACCGUAUUUAUAAUAGCUAGUCGUCACACGAUUAUUUUGCUGAAGUAAUAUAUUUAUAUGACUCGUUUUUCAUCGAUCGAGAAGGGGGAGAACGAGAGGGCGGGGGAGAACAGGGGAGAGAGAGAGAGAGAGAGAGAAAGGUAGACCUUUAUUAUAGCAUAUUAUGAAUCUUAUUAAAAGAAAAAAAAAAAUGAAAAAAUACUCGUUAUAUACUGGCUACAGAUGCUCGUUGUUGAAUUAUAUUGUACCUUGCAUAAAUGAUACAGGAAAAACAGGAACGAAGAGACGAAAGGGAGAGGGAGGGAGAGAGAGAAAGAAAGACAGAGAGAGAGAGAGAGAGAGAAAGAAAGACAGAGAGAAAGAGAGAGAGAGAGAGAGAAAGAGCGAGAAAGUGAGAGUAUUUGUGAAAAUGCGAUCGACGGGAGUACGAGCAAAAUAUAAGGAUUCAUUUUUGGAACGUUUUUAAUAGAGGACCACCGGCGUUCGUACAUAGAUACGUUAUAAGAGUAUUCGUAUAUAAUUAUAUCGCCUUAAGUUGCUGUAUGCAAAAAAAGCAACGUUAUCUUUUAUAUAGAGCUGCACUUUUAGCACGAAAUGUAAACGUAUGGACAAUCCUGUAUUUGUGCAAGAGGAAAGAGAAACGAACGAUGCACACGCGCGAAAUGGCCAAAGGAAAUUGCGCGUGUUACGUACACGUGGAGUGAAAAUUUCAUUGAACGGGAUACAGAAGCGUGUUGAAACAUAAUCGCGAGAAGACUGUCCAAAAGGAAAAGAAAAAAAAAAAAAAAUAAAACGAACGACGAAACCAGGGACAAAAACAAACGAAGGAAUGUAAACGAAGGAGAACAAAGGGACACGAUAACGAAACGAAGAACAGCAGCAGUAGCAAUGACAGCGAGAGUAUUAUCGCUGAAAGACGCGUUCGUUAAUUUUUUUUUUUUUUUUUCUUUCUUUCUUUCUUUAAUCCAUUAAAACCACCUCCUUUCGAGAUGGAGCAUAUGGGAUACUUUACGGCGUCGUAUCUCGGCGGUAAUGAAAUUCAAUGACCAGUUAACAUAAGGAACGCGAGAAUCAGAGAAUCACCAACACCAACGAGCCCUGAGCGUCGACGAUUGGACACGCGUCGAUCGUAUAAUGAGAAUCGAUUUUACAAUGAAACACGCACGAGAAGGUCCGCCACACGCGUAGCUUCGUUCCAAGCCACACACAUACACACACACACACAUAGACACACACAGUGCGCGUAUGUACAGACAUUACGAAACUUUCUGCGAAUGGUUUCGCCGUGACAUAAGAUUGUCACUUCUGAUCCGAAUUCAAAGGGCUGUUCGAUUAUUACGCGAUAAGAAAAGUUAUAAGGUUGAUCAGGUUGGCACGAAGUAAUUUAAAUUACGGGGACGUCGUAUCCAUCCGAUUUCGGCGAAUUGGUCAAGGCUUUAGUUAAUCAGCUAACCGUUGUUACGUAUAUGUAAUAAGAAAAGGAUAGAGAAUGCGAAACAUUCGUAUAAAUCUGUGGCCCACGUUGCGGUAACAUCGAGUAUACGAUUACUGCGGUUUCCAGUUUCCUCUAGCUUCGUCCAGUUUCGUUCUCUUUGCAAACGAGACGAAACUUAACGAUCAAAGUUGCAACUGAGCAAAAACAGGUAGAACGGGGGGGAGUAAGGGAAACGUAACGGGUAACAAGUCAAAUUAUAACGAGGCUUACUUUUCCGCGUGCUUUGAACGUGCUCGUAUCUGAAUAUUCUCGAUAAGAGUUAUAUAUAUAUAUAUAUGUAUAUAAUACAUAUGUACAUAUAUAUGUAUAUGUAUAUAACGUAAAAGAUACGUGUCCGUUUUCGAAUAGAGUUUCUUUCAACAAGAAUGUAAUUAACAACCAUACGUAUUCGUUUUUCUAAAUCGAACGAGCUGGUUUAUCGAUCGACGUUAUCGAUCCACGAAAAAACUGACGUUUAAAGAUCGCGGUUUGGAAAACGCGAAAUCUUCUCUCUCUCUAUUGUGGUAAACGAGCGCGUCAUAGCAACGCGCGAGUACAAAGAACUGGACAGAGAAAAGAAUGUACGUUCUUUUUUUUGUCGCGUUGCUGACUUUUAGGAUGUAUAUUCCUUCCCUACCUUGAGCAUACACGUGUACAAUUGUUCGCUCGCGUAUGCUGCAGCGUUGAAUAAAUAAAAACAAGAAUAGGCUUGGUUCGAACAAAGUAGCACGGAAGUUGUUGGCAAGGAAUUGCGCGAUCGAGACAGGUUAUGCUUUCAAAUCGUCCAAUUUUGGCUGGUAUUCUGUCCGCAUAUACACACACACACAUACACACACAUGUAUACAAUGAAACGUUGAUCGCGGCGACACGACUAUACCACCAGUAUCGCGAUUAGCUUGUCGUUUAUUCCUGUUCUUCGAUAUUUGUAAUUUGCAGAGUCGUUAGAUCGCUGGUUUCGCUUCUAACGCGUAUCGAAUUCGUCUUUUUUCUGCAUUUUACAAAAACCGUUUCUCUCGAUAUGUAUUCAGAAAGAAAGGUGAACCUAUGGCUCGGUAAAGUUGUUUGAAUGGCACAAAUUCAUUUCGCUCGGUAUUCUAAUCUCCAAGUUGGAGCAAAUCGCCAUGAUUCGCGUUGGAACUUUGCUCGUAAAAGUUCCGCGUUAUCUCACCUAUGCGCAUAUAUAGCUAUAGUCGAACGCUGUAAAUUUAGCGCACAUUGAAUCGCUCGAUACACUGCGAGUCAUACGAGCAGGAUCAGAUCUAUCAAUUUUUAGAGCAAUUGCUUUUAUAUUUUAUCGAUCUUAGCUCGAGGAUGUUUGCUCGUACGUUUCUCCGGUUCGGUAAGGACGGCACGCUGUGAAAGGUUCUUAAUCGAUCGUGGCACCUCUAUAAAUCGGAUAAUCUUACGCGUACGAACGAGUUUCAUACUACGCUUCUUGUCACGGACCUCUGUAUCCGAUUGAUUGUUCGUAACUGUCCUAGGACAACUACGAGGCAAUCGUCUAAGCUUUAUCGCCAUAACGUGAGGAUUUGAGCAGAUAAGGCCUCUUUCACCGUCGCGUAUUAUUUUCUGCGUUGUAACUUCUCUACGAAUGGUCGUAGAUCACGGCAUCUUAAUGUAGCGUUAAUGCAUUCGAACAAUAUUUAUUUUCGGCGAAUAAUAACCGUCGAGUCGUAUCUGUGCAAUAAAAGUUACACGGGAUAGUCUCAUUGUAUUUUGAAAAUCUCGAAGAACGCGUACGAUCGUCGAGUGUACAAAGAUCCUUUUGUAAAUAUUAGUUGUAAGCGAUCGUUUAAAGCCACGUUAUACCGCUAUGUUUAUCGUAGUUUUGCCGCGUUAAGCGAUUCUUUCUGGUUAAGUCGAUUCUCAAUUACGUAUCGCACUCGUCAACCUUAUCCAUUUCCACUUUUUCUUCUUCCACUCGACGUGCAAUACGUGCCGCUAUCGCUCUAUUCGUAAAUAGACGGUCCCUUGCUCCUCUGAAUAAUCGUUUCGCGAUCGUUGACCCACGUGUGUCGAUAAAAUUUUAAACAAUCACACGUGUAAAUACUUACGUAAUCGUAUGAAAAGUAUCCUCGUUCAAGUUCAUAUCGUAAGUGGUAAAUUGCCUGCGUUACAGACGCAUACAUUCCGGCAAUAACACUUUGUUCCGCUUUGUGUUUAGUACUUUACGUUUGCCUUUUGUCUGCUAUCUCUUUGCACGAUUGUACCCGUCGAUGAACGCAAGCAUCUAUUUUACAACUCGUUAUUAACCACUAAGCAAUCCUGUUUUCUUCUCUCUUCUGUAAAGUCACUUAAUCGACGAUAGAGAGGAUAAUUUGGCAAAUAAGAGAGUAUAACUCUACUUAUAAAAGCUCGAAUGUACAGAGAUGUUUUAACGUCUGCGAGUUUCAGACCACUCCGUAGCCGAAAAGAAACGAAAAACGAAAAGAAGAUGAAUUGAAGAAAGAGAUAGAAGAGGUGGCGCGUAUUAUUUCGUAUAAAUGAAACAACAUUGUGCGCAAUGAUUUUUAUGUUACUUUAUUUCAUAUAAUUCGUUACAUAUUUUUUUAUUCCUUCUUAUAUCGAUCGAGAUCUAAUUUGAUUUUCCUGGAACAGGGGAACGUUUUUUCCCACAGUUUCGAUAAUCAUGUAAUCGAAAGAUUGUUUUCUAAUUAUACGUUUUUCAAAGCUGUUUACUUCUGUUACGUUACAUCGUAUUAUUGUUUAAUUUAAGAUUGAAAAUCAAUUAUAUCCGGUGUCACUUGCUGUUAUUAAGCGUGGCUUGUAAGCGGUCUUAAACUUCUGACUGAUAGUACAUGCGUAUCGAUGGUUACUUUCCGUCUGUUACCCGUAUGCUCUCGAAUUGGAAUUAAUUAUUUAUUGAACGUAAAUCAAGUGCAAUUCCGCUCAUGGAAAGCGGUCAAUUGCGUUAUUUUAUUGUUUCAUCCAUUGUCAUGUAACGGUUUGCCUUCGGUGCCCAUUAAAAUAUCGUUGCACAGAGAACAGAACAGUCGCAACGUUUUUGCUUGCAGCUAAGAUUCUGCGCAGGAAGUGAAUCGGAUCGAACAAGACGACUUAUCUAAUCGCCGCUUUAAAUAUCUCGAGUGAAUUUCUUGAAAUUCAUAACGAUCGGAAUCGUGGCAGUUCGUUUUUGGAUACGUUUCUAUACGUAUCUAUGAUCGUAGCGUUCUCGGUGGCCUGGCUUAUAACUCGGUAUAAUGUAAUCGGUACGAUUAGCAUUGGAUAAUUUUAUGUCUUAGUCUUCGAUUGGUAUCGCUGGGUCGUAGAUGAUUCACAGCGAGGUGGAUUAAUUUUAGGAUACUUUAUCUUAAUUUGUAUUUUGUAUUUUACGCGAUAAAGAUAGUCAGCGAUCGAACCAGCGUCGAUCGAUGAUCAAAGUAUGAUACAAAUUGGAACGAAAUGUCCUACAAUUUUGUAUAAAUGUCAGGCUAACGUGGCCAUUUCUCAUGCGAUGGUUUCGGUCGAGGGUUAAAAUACCUCGUGAUCGCUCGAAAAUAACAAACGGAUAUUUUCAAAUAAUUUCAUUUCCCAGCAAAUUAAUUCCGAGAGUAGGUUCCUCUUUGCUAUGUGUGUUAUUUUACGAACGUUCGUCUUCUGAUAUAAUGUUACUUUGUUGUGGUUGUUUCUUCGGAAAGGCAAUAUCCGAAUCACCGUGGUAAACGGAUUUCGGAUAUUCACGGUGACUUUGCAUCUCAAAAAUAGCAAGCCAACGUCUUUAUAACCGGUAGCGCAGUGUCCUAUGGGUAUCCAAAAUUAAAACAAGGUUUGACCUGUUUCAUCGAUCUGUUUUUACGUUAGAAUAUUCAAGCGCCGCAGCAAUUAUUAUUAUUUUCUCGAAAUCCUAUCUCAUAUUCAACAUGGCCCGGUCGAAUAAAGACCCUUAUCAAUUUUUCUCUAUACGAUUUAUACACCGUGUUAAUGAGCAAAGGGAUCAGCUUAUCCGCGUCAGUUAGUAUCUUCGAAGCUAUUUGUUUUUACAUAGAAUAGGGAAGGAUUUCGAUGUUUAAGUAUAUGAAAUAACGUUCGAAUCGAGGCAUAAGGAAAAUUUGACAGAGCACGUGUCAGUGAAAUAUUUAUAAAUGUAAAAAUACCUACCGAUCAACUGUUCACCGAUACUUUUGUAUUUUUAUAUUUCACCAUAACGGUAGUAUUGGUAAAAGCAAAUCUCUUUGAAGAGCUUGGGGCAAUAUUGGCAUGAAAUAUCAGGUUUGGUGGAGACGGUGCAGUUUCGAAUUAAUAAAUUCAAUAUUCAUGAAACGAACACACACACACACACACAAACACACACACACAUACACACACACUCUCUCUCUCUUAGCCGACACAUUGGUUCUUGCCUCUUCGUGUAACAGACAAACUGUUGCGACGUUUUAAUAAGAGAAUCAACGAAGAAGGAAGGGGGAUAUAGAGGUUAAGAGAGUACUCGAUAAUAUUGAACUGCUACGAUAGAACGUCGGCGAAUAUAUAUGGACUUGGAAAUUUUCCCAUCAUCGUAGUUUUAUCAACUAGCGAACUCAACGGUAAUUGAUAUUACCUUUGUCGUUUCUUCGAAAAUCGAUGUGUUUGUCUUGCGCUCUAUAGCUUGUUAAAUCCACCGAAUAAUAACUGCUGCAAUAGUAAUUUAUAUAUACGAGAUAUUAGCACGCGUCUAUCUGCGUAUCUUUUGCCAGUCUUUAAAAUUCCAACUUUCUUACCGUUUAUCCUUUAUAGUUUAUUCCUUACGUAAUACGAUAGGAGGAUAUCUUCCUUUGCGUCGUUACGUGUUCUAUCGAUUUGUAUUUUGUAUCGACGAUAAUUAUGUCAAAAUAUUUCUACGAGGAGAGAUACGACGAUGAUCCUCGAAGGUUACUUGUUCUGCUCGUAAGAGUCGCUAUCAGAAACGCUUAACGUUCAUAUUUUUAUAUGAAACAUCGACGUUGCGAGAUUGUUGCGCGCACAAGUGAAGUUCGAUAAAGUAGUCGAGUAAAUUCCGUUAUAAUAUGCAAACUGAUUCUACGUAGAACGAAGAAGCAUUGCUGUUUGGAAGGGGAAAAAGAAAAAAAGGGAGAAGCCCAGAGGGGAAGGCAACGAAAGAGAACGAUGAUCUUGAAGAGCGAAGCGUGUACCACAUGUGGUACAUCUACGACAAACCACGCUCGUAAACGUUACGAUUGGGCUAUUAACGAUCGAUUUGGUUCGAGACAAGGCGAACGUGGCAGUAGUUACGCGGCGGUUGUGCCAUUCUUCGGAAAUAACUUGCAGUGUAUAAAGAUUUCUUUAAAAUCACGUGCUCGCAGAUUAUUUUCAUAUGGAGCUUUGUAAACCGUGCGCGGUAUUGAUUUAUCGAUCAAAAUUCCGUUUCGUAUUUAUUGCUGUAAUAUCCGUUUUACAUUAACGGCGAUGUCUGGUCGAUUCUUUGUUUGCAUAUUGUAAUUUUAGAUAGGGAACACGUAAUCACGUUUUUUCCUAAUCAGCGUAGGGAACAUUCUUACGAAUUCUGCAGAGUUCGCGAUAGAUCGUUGCUGCUCGCCUAGUGGAACACGGUCGGACGGAAUACGUAAAACUGCGCGGGUAAUUCGUAUCGAUUUUUUGAAAUCGCAAAAUCACGCUCGAGUUGUUCGAUCGGCAUUGAGAAUUCCGUUCGGCUGUCCGAUCAGCUUAAAUUUGUGAAAUUCAACAAGUCGUUUAAAAAAAAGUUGUCCGAUGUUACGCCAAGUUUUUUAUUAGCGACCAACGUCGAGUAUUUUAUAAUUGUUCGAAGUAAAACGUUCGAUUGUUCGUAGCAUAGAAAUUCUGAUCGGAAGACGAAGAGCGAAGUUGUGGAAUGAAACGCUUUGAAAGAAGCCAGCUUUAACUAAAUGCGUUCUUUCUUUUUUUCCCCUCUUUUUUCUUCUCUUCUUUUCAGAUCUUCAAUUUUCCUGCCCCGCGUUUCCAACGAUUUACGCGUCUCUUUGUCGCUUAAUAUCGAAAGUUGUUCAUCGUUCGUUGGUAUUCUGGUAUUUUAUUUUGUCUUUGGCGGCCGAUUGCCGCGAUAUUGCGUCACAGGGAAUCGUAAUGUGAUACAAAGAAUCGCAGAAAUACGCUUGUACCAUUUAUACUUCUCGCGUAUAAUUGCAGGCUGCUUUGUUCCAAAGCGAACGCGUCGUUUUGCCUCUUUCGUUUCUCGGUACUCAUCGUCGGAUAGAUGAUGGAAAUCAAGGAAUUCGAAGGCAAUGGUGGUGUCUAGCGUGGCAAUUACGAUCGAUGAAAUGAAAACUCAGAGGCCUAAAUUGCUCUCGUGGAGUGCGGUUCUAUUUGAUUCGACUCUGAUAAAAAGGUUUCGUCUCUUUUCGGUUGUUUCGCCUGCGACGCGAAACUCAUUCUGCGUUGUAACGGAUAGCGAUUGCCGCGUCACGGUUAUGCUUCGUUCGUUGGAGUAUUCACAGUGCACGUCGUAACGCACAGUACGUCUCGAUAGGUCUGUAAUUGCGGGAUCAAAGGAAAUUAAAAUUACGUCGGAUCUUGAAUUUACUUUGCUACUUGACGAAACAUCGAACCCUCUUCUCUAUUAAAAUCUUUAUUCAUCAUCAUUUAGAGAAUUUCUCUUCUACGUUCGUUCGUUUUACCGGAUUAGAUCGGAAAUUCUGCCGAUGUAAUUCCGCCUUAAUGAAAAUAGAUUUGUAAAUAAAAGUCUAUGGACGUUCUUCUAUCGUUGAAAAUCUAUUAAAGUUGCUCGAUUCGUAGAAAUCUAUAGCGCGUUCACGCGUUCCAGAGAGAUAGAUAGAGGGGAAAAGGCGGCGAAACUUUCGCAUCGAUACGAUCCGUCGCUCAUCUUCGAUCUCUUGAAAUUGAAAUUCGUAAGAGUUUCCGAGCUCCAACUAAUUUUACCGUAUGCAAUUCGAAACUACGUUAUUUCCUUUUAUCCCGGGAAUUACGCGAUGAAAUCCACUUUCCACCGACCCAGGCAAUACCGUUGCGAGUGUAGGGUCGUGUCUCUUUUAUAUCAAGUACAAGAUUAUUUGAUCCGGCUUGAGAAGUAAUUCCGACUUAUUCGAUCAGCGAGGUUAUCAAGCGCGCAAAGAAGGACUAUCCGUAGUAAAUUAAUCGUCGGUCCUCUCAGCCGACGUUCCUCAUCUGUGGCUGUGCUCACGAUAGUGUUUCUGCUUCUCGGAUGUUAUCGUCGCUCGUCUUGAUAUGUAGAUAGUCGCUAUCGACGCUUUCGACGCGAAUAAACCGCGUUAUCUCACGCUGAUACCAGUGACGCUCGUUAGCGAGCGAGGCUCCGAUCCGCUUCCUAGUUGCACAAGGGUUACGCGUACCAGGUUAUUUACGUUGCGCGUCUCCCGGUUUAUGGGACCAAACGUCCCCGUGACAUUCUCGCCGACAUCUCGAGGAACCGCAAUUUUCCACACGCACGGCCAACAAACUUCGUCUCCUUGCUGGCUCGUAGUUUCGUUCGUCAGACUGAAAUUCGUCAAACUGAAAAUCCGUUAACCGGCGUCGGAAGUGUCGGCUUCGUCGAGGUGGCAGUUUCCGCCCUUGGCCAAGUUCAUUCUUCUCGUUGACAUUUUGUCUAUCGAACGGACAAGCGUCGAAGCUGACCACGCGACGAUGCAACCAGCCUGAAAGAAGAGAUUGCGUCGUAAGUUCCGAUCGAAUCGGAUUCCAGUUAUCGUCGAUUGAACGCGAUCGGCAUCGACGCAACGUCGAGAAGGUUUCAAAAGUUGUGAAAAAGUUUAAGUUCCAAGAGUUCCGCCGGAACUCGGGGGUUGCGUGUGAUCAGCGAGUGAUGUUGCACCGUUUCUUGUGAAUCUUAGGAGGAUAUCGGCCAGGUGUCUCUUAGAACGGAAACUCUUCUUUCGGUAAGCUCUGUGUCAAUUGGUAGCGCGUUCGAAGAAGCUUCUUCGUAUCGCGUGUCCUGGUCCGUUUCAUCGACAUUCCCCGUUUCUCAUUGACCGUGUGAAACACGGAGAUGACGGUUGAAACAUCGACAGUUGGUUCCAUCCGCGCGUGUCGGGCGUUUCGUUGAUCGAUGAAUCACGCGACUCCUAGUUUUGGAAACACGUACACCAUCGCGUGCGAUAACGCGCUAAAUCGACACUCGAUCGAUACAGAGAGAACGACGUUUUUUCCACGACCGUUAUAAACAUUAGGCAACCAACGACCAAAACGAACGUCGCAUACAAGUUGAUAAAGUGGUGGGAUACGACGGUGAAACAUCGGCGUUCUGAAUGAGAUGACACGGUUACCGUUGAAUCUGAACACAGCUUUAGAAAUGUUCCUCUGUCCGAUGUGUGACGUAGAAAACUAGAAUCCAAGUACGUAAGAUUUUCACGGGAUUUUCACGCGUUUGUGCGUCGUAGCAAUAUGGACCUCUUUUUUCUUCGUCCACAGGAAUUCCCUUGGCGAAUAGUUUGAUCUGCUUCCUUAGUUCUUAUCGCGAUUGGGAUUUUCGAAGGAAUUGCAUUCGUGAAUUCCAAGUAGUCUGAUCUAUAGUUGCGCGUUUCUUUUCUUCUUGCUCUACGAAAGCAUCUGCUUCGCAGGAUUUAUCACCGAGUUUCGCUCGUUUUCGAGUUAUUGCGUCUUUAAAGAUCCACUUUGUACGCGUUUCAUCCUCGUAAUAAACGAUAGAAUACGACGUAGCAAGUAGAAUCUGAAAACAUUUAAUUCUUAAAUGUACAAAUGUAUUCUGAUUUAAUCGGAUACGUAUUAGUUGCGUCGAUAUCCGUAAAUACGACUUUAAACGACGGCGUCUGCGUUUCAAUUCGCCAGUUUCUUCGAUUCCGUUCUAUUCCUAUCGCUGCUUAUCGCGCGUUUAUUUAGCUCGUCGUUGUCUGAUUGCGUAAUAGAUAAGCGUACGUGGUGUUGGCUAUCGUAGAACAUUUACGGGCGAACUUGCAAACACCAGGAAAUCCUAUCAUUUUUCUUGGAAAUAAUAUUUGGUUGGUCGAUUGGUAAUUAUCGCGCGAUGUAAUACGCGUGUAAUUAUAUUCGGAAAAUAUUCAGUCGCGUUUCUUUUUCGCCGAUUUUUCGUAAACUCGCGCAAACGGGACAAAACCAAUCAGUUUUGAGGAUUGCCUGACAAUUUUUGCCAGAGCAAGAUCUAAGACAGCUAUUUGCUUUCGUUUCUCGUUCUAGAUACGUGUAAAUAUUUUUCUACCUGCCGGUCGAUUAAACGGAACACGAUCUUCGACUCUUCUGACUUUUAUCGACGCACGUGUGUUGCCGUCGCAGAUAUCGCGGGAACGCGCUACCGUUAACGACCUCGUAAGAUGUAACGAUUUUCGAUCGCGCGACCAGAUAAGAUUACGUUCGAGCAAGAAGCGUGCGAGGAACUGUUUUGAUUGCGAAUAUUCGACGACGCAAUUGUAACGGCGUUCUCCAUCCGUCGAAUACUUCAUUGACGUAUCGCGUGAUAUUAGUAUGGCGAUGUAAGUGGAACAGCGAGGACGGUGUUCUAUCGGAAGGAAGGCGACUUCGAUUCAAAGCCAAGUGCAUAGUUUCGUUGGAACGUAGUUCUCGACGUGUUCGAUCGGCGACGGAAGAACGAUAUCGCGAGUACGACGGUCCCCUUCUCUUUCUCUCGUUUCCAUCGUCUCUACCAUCAGCCCCGAUAUUCCUAACGAUCGAGAAGUCGAGCUAACAAAGUCGAAUUAUUUCCCGCUGUUUGCCGUUCGUCCAGGAUCUCGGCAUUUGAAUUUGCUGUCUGUGGAGAAUAACGUAUCGCGUUUAGGCGUCUCGUUAAAUCAGGCAAAGGAACCGUUGAAGCGAAUGCAUGACAUUUUAUAUUUUGUAUGUGGCGUUCUUGUUAGAGAAAUAACGACGGACACUUUGUAAAGCAAAAGCGACAAACGUCAACUCGACGUUGGUCAACGAAAUGACGCGUCGUCGUAUUGAGGAAACUUUUUUUCUUUUUUCUCAGAAACAGACAUAUCCGAUUUCUGUUAUUUUCGAACGCCACGGCUAGCUUUCGACACGUGUCAUCGGAUAACGUUUACGACGGCGAAUUAACGAAACUUUGGUAACGUCAGUUGGCCAAUUUUUUUUCCCCAUGAUUUAUGCGUUCUGUCGCGGAGUACGCUUAUGUUCGCCAGUACGUGUUUCGUGUUGUCGCGUUUGCUGUGUAUAAGACAAAGUGAGCGUUUUUAUCCGCGAAAUAAAAGUAGGUGGGAGCCUUUUAUGCUCGUACAUAGGCAAAGUAGUCAGCCUUGGUGAAGUUCGUUGAUUUUCCGUACGCAAUGUCUCGACCUCUGAAGGCUACCUGCGUUCGUUAGGCGUUCGUUCAGCCGCCCGCAGAAUUUUUUUGUCGUCGCCAACGAACGAAGCCGUUUCGCCGGCCUUCGUCGAUCUUCCCUUCCAAAUGCGGAGACGAGGAAGGGCAGCCCGUUCGACGCGGUUCAUAUUUCUCGUCGACGUCUUUGUUCUUCUGCGUGGAAUGUGAAAGUAGAACGCGAAAGCGAUCGGAAUUUUAUCGUUUUGUCGAAUCGUCGUUGCGAUAUUCACGUUUACCUCCAAUAAUUAGUCGUUGUUAAGUUUGAGUUUUCUAUGACUUGAUCCUCUUUUUACUUACCACGAGACGUUCGCGCCGUUUCCUUAAAUACGAUCUUUCGUACGUAUUUUAAGAAGAGAUACGAAUACGUCGUGAAAAAUACAUUUUUCAAUUUAUCUUCGACAUUUUACUCGUAGUAUCGUUUACACUCUCGUUACUUAUACCAACUUACCUAUAUUAGCUUCAAUUACCUCUUCGUCUGCAGUCAAACCUAAUUCAACCGAUACCCCUAAUUCCCAUUUUAAAUUAGAACGAUCAAAGCGUUGCUCAGUAUUAUGUUUCCUUUCGAUAUACGGUGGCUAGGAAAAGUAUUCGCGCAUCCGAACCAGGCCAUCUUUUAAUUACGCUUUGCGUUUUAUUUAUUCGUAUAAUACGAGAUCUUCUCGAUCGUACGAACGUACUACUAAAUUCUAGCAAAUUCAAUAAAUAUAAGAUGUCGAUAAGAUCGAUAUAAUAAGUAUCACGAUAGAUUCGACGAUACGCGCGAAUAUCUUUCCUCAGCCGCUGCAUAUUUGAAACUUUUUCUAGUAAUAUUCACGGCGAAUGAUUUUGUACGAAACUAGAAGUAACAUAAGCGUUUAAGAUACGACAUUUAUAGUACCAUGUAUACUUAACAAGUUGGCCGAGUCUCUUUCAGACGACACUGCUAAAUGGAUUAAUACGUGGAAUAUGCUGAAAACGCAUUAGAACGGGAAAUUGUUAUCGAAGUUGCGACUGGAAUUAAAAUUAUCCUUCGUCCCAGAGCACGAUUAUCCAGCUAUAGUUGGUCGGUAGAAAUAGAUUUCCCGAUCUAACGUCUCGAUCCGAAGUCGGAGCGUUAACUGUGUGCUUUAACUCGAGCAAUAGCUACGAUGUGCCGUCGUUAGUCUCUAUAAUUUUAUGCAUCGACCUCGUGUCUGGCCUCCAGAUGCGACACUCGAUAGCGAACGAACAUUGUAAUUAUUCGAUAUUAGCCCUGCCGCGUUCCAGUAUCGACACUUUGCAGUUUCUCGAGUCGUUUAACGAUAAAUCAAUUACACCACGAGCCUCAAACGUUGGAACAUGUAACGCCUCUUCGUGAACCCUGACACGGUUCGUUUCUUACGUUCCGCUUUUGUUAAUUAAUGCUCUUUACGUACAGAUAAUUUUUUUACGCGAAAUCUUUCCGAAAUAAUUUCGAGAAAUCGAAGAUCGCCCGAUUGAAAGCUGUGCGAUAAUCGCGUUCGUACAGUUCGCUGGCUAUUAGUUCGAUGAACGUACAUGUACUUAAAUGCUUCGACUUUGCGAGGCUGUGUGCUCGAAGCGAACCCAAAUGAUUCAUCGAGGCCCGCCUCCAAGUUGUACUUCACCAUGGCGCAUGUAUUUAGAAUUCCUACUAAAAUAUGUACACACCACGACGCGUUCGUACGAUUUCGUUGCGAGAGAAUAUAACGUUUCGUUGCUUCGUAUUUAUCACUCGCGAUCGGAUCGGAUCGAGUGAAACUUAUCGGCGAGGAUCGCGGCGAGAAAAAUUUAGAGCAAAGAACGGAUAAUUUUUUUGUCUCUUUGUCUCGGAGACGAGGAUAGAUUGAUUCUCCUUAGCCCGAAUAUUUCUUAAAUGGCUUAAUCUCUCGUUAGGCCGACGAUCGAAGGUUCGAACGAAUCCACGUGCGAUACAAAAUUUUACGGGCUUAAUUUUACGGACUACGGUGUACGCGUGGAUCGUCGAUUUAUCAAGUUUUCUUUCCAAAGACUCGUAUUCUUUUAUACGAUAUCGAGAUUUCUAUAGCGAUCGGAGAUAGAUCGUAUCUGGUCAGUCUGGACAUUGUCGUUUGGGCGGGUGUGUUCGAUUAAACUUGCUGGUUAAUUUCUAUUUUAGUUGAACGGAAUUGGUAAACGAAAGACAGGAAAAUCGAUCGAUAGCUUCUUGUCUGUCCGAUAUCAAAUUUAACAAAUUCGUUGCGAACGUUCGGGUUUCGUUCGAACUUUGUCAAGUUCCUUCCAAGUUCUAGAUCUGCUAGCCAAAUAUAAGACGAGAUAAGAAAUUUCCAAGUUGCUUGUUGCAUCGCAGUGGCAUUAAAAACUCGUCCUUUUAUUUAUAUUUUCCCUCGUUGUCCUUUAGGGUGACUCGUCUCUUUCCUGCGAAUGACACGUAACUGGAAACGUCGCGUACAAAGACAAUCGAGACUCUCGGGGAAACCUGAUGGAACCUCGUUCUCGACGAGAAUCCUAAUAUAUAUCACACACACACACACACACACACACAUAUAUAUAUACACAUAUAUAUAAAACGUAGAUUUAAUUCAGUUCGUCGAAGCGGAGAAGUAAUCGUCGUUCGAUUUUUCAUCUGAAUUUUCUCCGGAUCUUCUUUGUUUGGAAAGGGAAGAACGAUCUGGUUGUUCUCGAUAGACGGUUUCGGUUUAACGCGUACAAUAUUUUUAGCCAUUUGUUCGACGGAGUCCUUACGAGUUCGUUCUACGUCGUCGACGUUUCAACUCUUAAUUAGCGUUAGGUAACUACGUUUUCGCUAGCUGAUACGUGGAAUACUUGUAACGUUAACUUAUCGAAUCUCGCGUCGAGUUACGUACGUAAUUACGUGCGUUGAAAAAUACGUAAAUAGAUAGAAGAAGUGGUUGGUGAGAUCGAUUUAGACCAAACAUAACGUUUAUCGGUACUCCACGUGAGCAGACGAGCUGUUGCUUGUAAGAAAAAUCUCGUUAUCAUCGAGCGGAGAAUCUCAGGUGUCAGGGCAGGGACAGGACGGUCCUUCCACCGCAUUCAUCCAAUUUACUUUUCUAUGCUCUUGUACAUGUAAUACACGCAUACAUACGUAUACUUAUAUAAAUAUAAUACAUUAAAUAAGCGUACGUAACACUAAAACGAGAAGAAAAUUCUAUUAUAUCGCCCCUAUUUCUAGUCGUGACGGGAUAUUAAGGAUCGAAGCGAACCUUGUGAACCUCGAAUAGAUGUAACGCGUAUCUAAUAGGAAAUUACGUACCUCGGAGAGAAUUACACACCGUCCAACACCUUCCGAGUCGUACAGAAUGAAUUAACGAAUUAAUACGAUGGAUUAAGACAGGAGAGAAAAGAAAUUACGACGACGGUAUACCGAGCGGCUGAGAAACGAUAGUUUUUCGCGUUACGGUUCUUACCGCGUAACCGAACAACCCGAAUAAGCUUUUCUUUCAUCAGCGGCGACUUAUCGAUUCAAUUUACCAAUUUACCAAUGUUCGUUUUGCGAAUUAAAGUUACUUAAAAAAUUUACUAGAAUCUCAAAGGCAACAGCGUCGGUUCGUCCUUUUACGUUGCUCGAUAACGGGCAACGGAUAUUAUUUAUUCUACGGCAAUUUCAUUACGUACCAAUUUAUGUCUCUUCGAGGUAUUUACCCGCGAUAACGAGACAGAUACUUUUGUCGUGCGUCGUUGGCAAUCGAAUUUCGAAGAUGGACGCGAACGACGAUAAUUGGCGUUGUGCGUGUUUUCUUGGUAAAAGUAAACGAGUGUUCACGGUCGUGUAAAUAAUUCGAACGACCGUCCGAAAUAUCUAUGUCUGUGUAAAAAUGGAAUACGCGUGUACAAAGUGGAAGAUACUUUUACCUACGAACAGCAGCUUCUCUUAUCGUUCGAUCGCAGUUAUUGGUCGUUGCAGACUUUUUUCUCUUCGUCGAUAACGUGCACCGAAUACGCGACUCGGUCGUUAAUAGGUACGAUGACGUAACCAGAAGAUCAAAUUUCUUCGAUAAUUUUUGCGUUAUCCAACGACGUAGUCUCGUAAAGCGGCUACCGUCACACGCCGUUGAAAAUAUAUCUCGAGAAGUCAGUCGUUCGAUUAAUCCUCGUCCGUUCGCCCGCUCGUUUCCUCCGCUUAAUGUUCGUACUUUGGCGUUAAGUCGGAGCAGACAAUGACAAAACAUCGAUAGAACGAAAAUCAAUGUAACGACCGGCCGGCCGAGUUUGCAAAUUCUCUUACCGAAGACGUCAGGGGGGAUGUACGAGGAUUAACGAUCGACGAUAUUUCUGCGAAAGAGUAUCUCUUAACGACGUUCGAAGAAACAAGGUUGUUCCAACGGUUGCCGAGACGUAACAUCGGAGAGAUGAUGGUCGUUUGAGAAUCGCAGCGUCGUAUUUUCGAACGGACCGAGCGUCGUUCGAUCGCGCAGCUCGCGUUAAUUAAGUGUUUCGCCGAAAAUUAAUUGGCAACGUUCGACGAAAAUUAAUUAACUCGUAUCUGCAAUAUCAUCUGGUUGUGUCGUUGCACGCAUAUCGAACGUCUACUCGCUCGCACGCGUCCAAUUUCUCCUUUCUAGCUUCCUACGUAUGUUGCCUCGUACAUGAGAUAUACGUAUGCAGUUGGAAAGAAUAUAUCCAGAGGCUGGACGAGUUUCGACUUGUCCGGAGCGUUCGACAGGGAGAGAGCUAUACGAACACGAGUCGUGGCUCGUGACGCGUCAAGGCUGAGUCGCAUGAUUUUUUUCCCUCUUACGGCAUUUCUCUGUUAAACGUGCAAUUUGUCUACUCGUCGUAAAUGAAAACCGAUCCUCUCCGUGAUUCGACCAUUCUUUUCCAUAGUCCGUCUCUGUCGACGCGCGUUAAAAACUAAUCGCGACGAAAGCGAAUAUUUAGAAGAAAACGGUGAGUGAGGGUUGUGCGGGGGGGGGGGGGAGAAUAAGUAAAAACUGGGAGACGAAGAAAAGAGGAGGAAAAUCGGACCGUUCAGCCUUAGCCCGAAAAUAGAUGCAACGUACAGCGAUAGCGAAAUCUGGUAAAACGUGGCAGCAGAUAGCCGCGCUUGUAUUGAUUUUCCGCAGUCACGAGCAAAGUACACACACGUACGAAAGAGUGUCGUUCGCCCGCUUCGCCGGGAAAUUCGCAGACCGAUGAUACGUUAUCGAUAAUUUGGAAAUUUGUACCGGCGAAUCUAGACGCGGCUCGUCCGCGAUAAUUUCGCAGAUUCCGCGUACGCCGCCGGCCCGUUUCCGGUUACGGCGAUUUUCCGAGAUCCGGGCGCGUGGCGACCGGUAAAUUCAGGAAAUCAUGCUGCAUCGAUUGUCGACGACGACGGCAACGACAACGGCAACGGCAACGGCGCAACGUCGAACGGGAGCUUGUCGCGUGUUUCCGAUCGAUCGACGAUUUCACGAGAGUCGUUGCCGGAAGUUGGACGUGGCGAUCUCGACGCUGUCGCGUGUGGCGAAAGAGCGGAGCCCGUGAAUUCUCCGGGUACUUUUGUCGUCGGUAACCUCGAAACGUUGGCCAGAUUAAACACGACAGUUUCGAGAUUCGCCCGGUUGGCCCGUGCAAUUAGGGCUAUUAUUAGGGUAUUUAGGAGUAGGAUUAGCCAGUGACGUUCGAAUUGCUGUCGAUGGUUGACCAGUGGAAAUUCGGUUCGAUAAUCCCCUUGUAAUAUCGAUGGCGAAUUUCGAGGCGAAAUCGGAAUUCGAAAACGUUGUGAGGCACGCGAGCGUCGUUGUCGAUCUUUGCCGCGACAGCUUUGACGCCGCGUGCUCCACGCGUUUCCGGUUCGUGUAGAUAUCGAGAAAACGCUUUACGCUGAGAAAACGUUAUUUUCGCCGCGUUUACCACAGGCGCACCAAUCAAAUCUCCACGUACCUUUUUCUUAUAAUAAGUAGGCUCAAAAUGAUUUCGCGUAGCGAUAGCGACGCGAGUCUCUCCUUCUUACGCAUCGAUGGCCGUGCAGAGAUUUUAUCCGUGCAUGGAACGGAACGUAAGCACCAUGAUCGUCAUAUAUACGUAGGUAUACUGCGUCGGAAACAAAACCACGAUUGCUAAAGAUAAAAAAAGAAAAAAAAAAAAAUAAGAACAAUGGAAGUACUAGCUUGUUCGUUGAUAUAUUGUUGCGUCAAAAAGUACGUACUUGUGAAGUAAAUUAUGUGUACCGCGAUAAUGGGCGACGCGAUAAAAAUUCUUGCGAGUAGAGAAAAUUCGAAUGAAAAAGGAGGAACGAAAUUUAAGGGCGGGAGGGACAGGAGGGAGGGGAAGAGAUCGAUAUGAUGGCUAUUUUGCAUCAGGAGUAUUGUAAAACGGGGAAUUUUCCUCGCCUUGUGAUCAUUUAUGUUUGUAAAUUGUAGCCGACUUACGAUUCCUAUAAUACGAUGUAUAUGUACUCUAGACACUUCGAGAAACGGACUUGUAUUAUUUUAUUCUUAGCACUCGAUGAUGAGUUACGAGGUUUCGUUGAUGAAUAUACUAAUCUCAUUUUUGUAAAUAUUAAUUUAAAGAGAAAUAAAUCUUAUUGUAAAGAUUGUAUAAUUUAAACCAUCGUUACGUUUUUACCGAUUUCUCUCAGUCAAUCGUUGCUGCACGUAUUCCUUCGAUCCUCCCUCUCUCUCUCUCCGUUGCGCUUUUCAUUUUCUUUUCCUUUUCUUUUCUUUUCUUUUCUUUUCUUUUCUAUUCUAUUCUAUUCUACUACCCUUCGUUCGUCGAUGCUGCGUGAAAUGUCUUUCCUCCCUCGUUUCAUGGAAGCACGUACAAAAUUUGGCAAUUCGUAUUGGCAAUGGCGCGUACGCUUUACGCGUACGCUGUUAGCGCGCUUUUCAUUUUGCAAGCAACGGCGGAACUUUCACGGUAUCGUAUUAUCUCGAUCAAUACGCAACGGAACGUCUCUCUUCAUCUUUUUAGUUUAAGCGCUUUUUAUCUGCGGGGAAGAAAAAAGUGAAAAAUUUGUGCGUGCAGUGUUUAGAAUUUAUUUGUGCGAUUACGUUCCAUCGUGCGACGACGUUUCCGAUUCUGUAAUCGACGAACUCAUUCUAACGAAACAUCGUUAGGCGUUGCUUCGGCAACGAUAAUAGGCGUUACGCGUCUUAAAAUCUCGUAAUCGAAGAAGUUAUUGUCGAGGACGCUUCUUUCGACGAAUACAAAGCAAGCGCAUACGUUGAAACGUUUGUCAGUUUAAAGAUAAAAUAAUUUUUAUCCGACACAAGUGACUUGUGUGGUUACAUUAGUGUCUUAUAAAUGUGAUACUUGACGACUAAAGAAAAAUAUUUGCGGCAAGAAUGUAUUAUAUUCAAGAGUAUUAACUAUAGUAUUCCUUUUGUUAAUAGUUUACAAGUCUCCUGUAUUCCGAUUAAAAUUAGUCCAAUAGAAUUGGUCUUUUCUUUCUUUCUUUUUAUCAAACGAUAUCUCUACGUUGUACUGUGCGAAUAAAAUGUGACAUAUUUAUUAAAAGGAAUGAAAAGUUUCGAAGCACAAAUCGAGUCGUAAGAAACGUACUUUUUCCGCCAUUUAAAAGCGAUAAUAUUUCCUUGCCAAUCGUGGAAGUCGUUUUGGUAGAACUUUGCUACGAUGUUUCAAAUAAUUUCUAUUUCUAUCAUUUUCUUUCGUUUAUAUACGUCUAACGCGUUUAUUACGCAUUGAUGAAUUUAAUCAUUGUGAGAUUCGAAUAAUAACACGGACAAAGAAAUUACGAAACAACGGUAUUAUCGAAUUAAACAGAAUUCGUACAUCUAUCAAGGUUCGUAAGUGUUUUAAAUUAUUAUAUUCCAUCGCGUGUUUCCUUCAGCUCAAUGCUGCGAGUUACAUGUGCGCUCGUAAAAUAGGAACAAAUGUAUCGUCUUAUAUAAUACACGUAACACCGUUAUUUUCAGUAACUGCAGAUACCAAGCCAUCGUUAACUCUCAAUAACCGUGCACGGUUCUAGGUUUCUUCCCUUUUACACGGUUUAUAUGCAUCUUCUCCCCUAACCGUUAAGGCCGAACACUUUUAUUACGAGCGAAGGAUUCAUCGCAGCGCGUCCUUUUUAAUUUCAAAGGAAAUGGGAUUAAACGUUCUAUCGUUAGCCGAUACUACACGACGAUAACGUUGGAAUAAAAAUCGCGCGGCGUGAAAUUUCGCUCGUGAUAGCCUUUAGGCGCUAGAUUUCUCUGAAAGAUACUCCGAGGACGUUCGUUUACGGAUAUAUUCGCUCGUGCGAUCAACCAAUGAUCGACAACGAUCAUCGUAUUCGCGCUAACAUCGGUAGAUUGCGGUCGUGCGGUUACGCUAUCGAUAUCGGAUGUGCUCAGUCUUGGCUUUCCGUCGUCUGUAUCGGUAUCGAGAUUGAACAGGAUACGUGGAACGAAACAGUGGUUUCCACAAAGUGUUAAUCGGAUCCUUCGGGAACGGUCCAAUUCCUUGGACACGAAUUCGGAUCGACCGCCGUAUUUAGUCGUAAAGUAGGAACUUGCGGCCGUAGGUGAUGUAGUUUUGAAAUCUUUUAACGUUUCGCCAGCAUUGCGGUUGUUCUCAAUUGAUCGGAGAACUUUGGCAUUGGUCCUGGCGUUGUACGAUAAAACUGUCCCGCGAUGCUGGCGAAACAUCGAAACGUUCUUUGGAAAAGAACAUGGAUUACGGGAAAGAUAUAAAUUAUGAAACUGCGGAAGCUUGAAAGUUACGUAAAAGUCACGUCAAAUUUUCGUUACUUCGUUUAUAUACGUACAAAUGGAAUAAUAAAGCUAUAUGUAUCGAUUAUGCAAAAGCUACGUUACAUAAGCCGAUAGAGUUUUGUACAAAAGUUUUGCACAGAUCUCUUCGGUUUAUUACGUCGUACCAGAUCACUGGUUUGCGAUUUCUUUGCUGCUUUCGUUGACUAAAAUUACCUCGGUCGAACGUACGUUGCGACAGAGGAUAUUAAAAAUACGGAAUCUGUCGGGAAAUUUCGAAGCGAAAUAACGUUGCGUGGUUAAAUUCGGUCGAUUAUUAACAGCGAAUAAUGCGAAUAAAACACGUUUCCUUCGACAUAGACGAAUCUCCUCGAUUACGGUAUCCUCCGAUCAAUUUUUUCAUCCGAGUCGUAGGACGGAAUUCCUUUUCUCAUUGAUGCACGAAAGUUGCUAGGAUAAAGUACCAUGUACGUUCAUCGCAGCUGUAUUAUUGGCACGAGCUCGAACGAUUACAAAUUGCCCGCUACAUUCUUAUCGUGGACAAAUUUACGAGCUGUAAUGUUGCAACCGUAGUCGACUCGAAACUGUACAUUACCAUGCAUCGGUACUUGGGUAACUGAUGCAAUUUGAUCAAGUGUUUGAUAUUUUCGUUAGCAGUUUCGAAGAACGAUCGCAGAACAUUUUCCUAUUAUUCGUUCUCUACCUGCUCCUGUUCUAAUUGCGAUCGCAUUCCCUGCUAAAUUUUAACCAAAGUACGGAAUAUAUCCGCAUUAUCGAAUUUACGAUCUAACUAUAAAACACACAGGUACUUCGAUCGCUCUAGGGUCCUAACAUUAAACAGACGCGUUUAAAGUUACCUAACUGACGCAGCAUCAGUUUCCAUUCAUCUUGAACCGUUUCUCUGUUAUUACGAACGAUCGACAUUACUCCCAUACUAAUUACACGCACAUUGCUGCCUGACGUACGAUCGGAGACUACAGAAUCAGACGAAAAAGUUCCGUUCGAAAUACAUUUUCCACGUUUGCGGUAAUUUAUCAGUGUCUAAAUGUUUAUGGAUGGUAGUGUACAUGGAGCAACACGAUAUGAACAUUGUGCUUUACCGUGUCGUAGCUUCGAAUUGACGGCGUCGGUGUAUUAGAGCGGUAUAACGAUGACUGCCGGUGCCGGACGAUAAAUUUUAGAAAAUCCUCGAAAUAGAAUGGCGGACGAGAGGAGUGGCUCCCUGUGAAAAAGCCAGCGGCACGACCUUGGCUCAUCUAUAGAUCGUUGCUGCGUCUAAAUUCGUACCACUCCCGUGUGCACGAACAAUCGUAAUGUUUCCGCAACGACACAUCGUCCACCGAUGCUUCGAAAGCAUAAAGAACGUCGGACAAGUGACUUUCCUCGUGUCGCGAAAUCCAAUCGUUCUUGCGUCGUACUCGCGUUAAUUCGUUCUCUGCACGUAACAACGAACAUCCGAUCUUCGAUGUUUCGCCAUACCGGAACCCAAAACUUCAUAGUUACUUACGUUCGCCUCGUUUUCGUCCAAUUAUUUUUAUCCUUCCCAUCUACGAUAAUAAUUCCUUGGCAAGCGAACCGAUCUUCGCUUGGAAAUUUCUCUGUGCGACCGUGUAACUCGUUGGCAAAAUACCGUUGAUUCGCGUUAUUCGCUUGGCCACGGAGCAACAGCGAGAUGAUUUCCUCCCGACGAACAACCAUACUUUGCUUCUCAUCGAUUUUCGCUUUUAUUUGAUCGAUAUUUUUUUCAUGUACAACUGUCUAAUUAGGCGACACGACACGACAAUCCUGCCGAACGUCAACCGACGUUAUAGACGGCCAGAUAUCUUUGCCGGAAGAGAACCAUCCGAUUUUCCUCUGUCCAAGUCCGAUAAAAUCGCAGAGUAAUAUAAAGGAAAUCUCAAAGCUAUAAAUCUUGCUGGCCGUUAGCGCGUGGCUAAAACGUUGGCGAAUUGCACAGAGUGUGUUAUCGCUUAGAAAGCGACGGUAUCGAGUUUCUUCGGCGAGAAGCGCGAUGUUGCAGAACGCCGUGAGUCAGCUGGGUGAUUAACAACGAUCGAUCGCGAUACUUAUUUCGUAUAUUUGCGUCCGUUCACUCGGCUAAUAAAGAGCAGGCCGAUCCGAAAAAACGCGGCGUUCGUAAGACGGACGGGAAUCGGUUCACGCGCAUCGUGCUUGGGAAGGUUAAAAGGCCGCGUUUUCCGUGGCUGUUAUCUCGCUGACGGGCGUCAGAUGGUGGAUCCGUCUAGUUCACAGAUGUCACGGUGACUCGUGCUAUCGCGUGAAUUAUCUCCGAAUUUUUGCAUAAUAUUAACGCGAUGAUUCAUGCGUGUCGAAGGAAGAAUAAAGAAUCGAAUAAAACCGUUUCCUCCUCGAAGAAGACGAAGAGGAAGUAGCAGACGAGGAAACGCCCCACGGAAAUUAUUUAUCGACAGUUGUCAAAUUGUUUCUUUUUUUUUUUUAUCGAACCAUCUUGCCGCUAUACUUUCAUCGACGUUCUUUACGAUGGCAACGUUUCGUCAGAGGAUGCUUCGAAGGAAGCUGUUUAUUAGGCGUCCAAUAUACCUAAUCGUUGUUGGAUUGGAAAGUAAAAAGACGAUGAGAAUGCCGAGGCGACGGUCCGUUCGGUAUCUGGUCCGGAAAGUUUCGCUCGGAAAUAUCACGAAUUUUCUCACAGGUGGAUCGAUCGCAGGCGGGAUAAACGCGAUCAAACUUCAACGCGGUUUAUAUCUGUACGCUGUUCGUAAGAAAGAAAAAGUUGCGCCAAUUAACGACAAGUUGAAAUCUGAAAAUACGCUCUGCUGGGGAACACGGCACGUAAUUUCGUAUCGGCUUGGAUACAAAGGAAAUUAAUUUCGCCGCGUGUAUAAUCGACGCGAAGGAAACAACUAUGGUUCUACUGGUUCGUGUAAUUUGUUAGCAUCGCGACCAUUCACGGUUCGCGUAUAUAGUUUCUAACGUUACGGCGAGGCACACAGUCUGUGGAAGACAAGUUUACUGAUUGAAACGGAAGAAGAUUUACGCCAUUCCAUCAACGGUUAAUCGAACGAUAUUAAUUCGCAGUCUACUUGUUACGCUGUUAGGUCGUAGGAGAUGGAGAUUAGAGCUGCGUGGGUCCAAAGUACGUUAAUAGGUAACAGCGAUCGGUUGGAGAUCUUUAUUAAUAGCCGUGUCUCGCUAACGAACCUAUCGUGGCGCUCCUUCGCGUACGAUCGACGUGAAAAUUUUCGUACUUGCCGAGAUAGCUCGUUUCGGACACGAGGCGCGCAGCGUUUCUACUGUCGCGUGUGAAGUCGGUACUUCUCGUUAUUUUUAGCGUGUCUCCAUCGUGCAAGUUUCUAUUUCCAACACAAAAGUGGUUCCUUACCGUCGUUUAUCUCUACAUAUGCGUUAAGUUAGAAUAAUAAGCCACGCAUAUACUUUACGAUUACCACGAGAACAAGCGGAUGUGCUCGACGAGGGUACGGUAUAUCGCGUGCUGUGCCAACUCGUCGAUCGAACGCGUCGACCAACGAGUUAAAUUCGACGAGUAAGUUAAACCAUAUCUGCCCGCCUCCCAUCCCUCGGGGAUAAGUUUGUCUUCUUCGACGAUGCGUAAAAAUGCGAAUGCUUGAUCAAGUAUUUCGUUGGGUAUCGUUGGUGACGGGUUGUAAAUUCGUCCGACGCUUAUACGGCCACGAUCAUCGAUACACCGUCUUUCUUUAUCUUUGUUGAAUCUUGUACAGACGUCGGUGAAUCGUAGCAACGAUUUAUACGCGACUUUGAUCUUUCGUUCGGUUGUUUGAAAAGUUCAUAGCGUUUUUCCGCCAUCAGCGUUAAUCUUCUCGACGUCUUAAAUUCGUUGAAACUAAUUUUUUCGUAGCACGAGGGAAACAUAUGCACGAAUAUUUGCAUAAUUUCUACGUGUGACGCGUGUAAGUAAAAAUAGAGAUAGAGAUAACUCGAUGUUCUAUAGAACGCGUACAUAGCUUUUUUUUUUGGCAAACGUAAUGCCUUCUGUGCGAAGAAAGGAUUAAGUUCUGAUACGUAUCCGACGUUUCGGUGAAAUAUAGCGAGAUGUUGAAUUCAUGCUCGUGCUCGAACAUUUUUCCGAAACUUCGCUACGAACUGUUCGAACAAUCCCCAUAUCCGUUCGCUUGUCGUAACGCAAAAGCGUUGUAUAUUUUCCUCGCGCAGCAACACGUUUCAAAUUCAAAGGAUAGCCAAAGCUGAGGGAUAACAUCGACGAACGCUUGCAUUCUCUUUGGAACGAAAAAUUGCACAUCUGUAAGCACGAGUCGUCGGAAAUCCUAUUACUUUUAUGGACACGGAUCGUCGCGUAUCUGCUCUGCAUCGAAUUGAUUCCGUUUUGAGCGAAAACCACGCGCAACGUUAUCACGCUCUUUAACGAACUUUAUAUUCGCAACAUUUUUGCACCAAAUCUUGAAACACGUCGAUUCUCGCACUGCUUAGAAAAUGUUCAUGGGGUCGAUGAUAUAUUUAGGAAAAAAUUUACCAAACUUUACGUACGCAUUCGGGUUACUGCGAAUUGUUUAACAAGGUUCGGCUGUAACGUAGAUGUACAGUCGGUUUAUUUCGUUAAUGCGUUUCUCAACAGCGGGCGGAUUUGUAGCGAUAGAAUAUGGAAAGAAGGGAUCAGAAAUGUAUUUAAAACGUAAUUGUCGUUACGUUUUACGGAUAAAAUGGUUCCGAGAAGCGGAGACAAUGUUUGCCGAGUUUACAGCGAUUGUGGCGGAAAUGUAAUAAUAAAUGUUAUGCGUGAAUAUUUGAUACGUAAAUUCAUAGUUUAAUUAGGAAACUUUAAUCAAAAAAUGGAAAAAUAUUGUACGGAUUUCGAGAUACACUGUAUACGUGGUUCAGAAUUGAACGUUGCCGAAUAGCAUCGAGCAUAAUUCCACAAAGAUACAUUUUUCUCAAUCUGUAGGAAAAUACGUAAUAACAGUAACAUUGGUCGAUGGAUCGGGAAAUUUGUAACAUUUGCAGGAAACUUGAAGGCGUGAAAAUGCACGGAACACAUAUGCAGAUUCGAUUGUUACGUUUCUCUACGACGCGAUUUUAAUUGGCUUUUCUCGCUUCAGUUUUGAACCACUCGGUCAAUUUCAUGUCAUUUUAACGUACGUAAAACGGAUAAAGGGAAAGAACGAGGAACGUUAGGAAAUAAUUUUAUCCAGGAACAUGAACUUCGACGUUCGUCGAUCUGCCAAUAAAAAACAAGGUUCGGCGAGUUUAACUAUAUCGUUCGUGACGUGAUGUUUCUUUUUACCAGGAAUCGGUGAAAAUACGAAUAAAAGGACAAUCGUUCCGCGCUAUGUCGAUGUUCCUCCAGUUGUAAACUGCGCUACGGUGCAACGAAAUGAGAAAUGUCUGCUUCCAUUAUUGUCAGAACGAGAAAUAUCCAAUCGUUUUAUUAACACGUACUUGGAUGCAUCGUUGCGCGCUCGCCUGUUACGUACGCCGAUCGCGUAAUUCGAUCUUAGACAAACGAAAAAUAAUGGAAGUGGGAGGAAAUUGGCAACAUUCUCUGUGUCUCGUUUCACCGGAACGGCGGAUCUUGUUUUUAACGGGUGCGCCAAACGACCAUUUUUAAGCGAUGUCGUUUUAAAUUCGUUUUAUAUUUCUGGAUUUCGUAAUCCGGCGAGCCAAGAUACCGUAUACAUGGCAGAAUCAGCGAAAAAAUAGAAAUUCCAUGUUUUUUCCCUUCGUAUCUAAGUCCGCGAUCCAUAAGCGUGUACGAACCGAUAUGGUUGUUAAUUCGUCGCUGCCAGAAUUUGAAAAACCGUCUCUUAACAACGUUGUCUCGUGCGUAGCCGAUAGCGUUUUUCGUGUACGUUUAGCGGAACCGGCAAAUUGUUUUUCCAUUCGCGUCACCGUGCAGAGAGGCACGCGUGUAGGCAGAGCACGUAACGACCAAAGGAAGGCGAUUCGAAUGCUUCAGGCAUUCGUCCGAACGGAACGAGUAUGCGUGAUGACCUGCCAAUUGUCGGCUCCAAUCGUUUGCAGGCUCUUGAAGCGUGCUUUUUGUUAAUAGCGCUCGUCGAAGCUCGUUAAACUAGCAGCAGGCCCAGCUGUCAUUAAAUGUGUCGUAUACGUGCUGUGUUAUCUUUCCGAUGUCGAUACCAGUUGGAAAUAAUUAAUCCCGGUCGUUCGUACGUCCCGUGAAUCGUUUCGAGUCGUCAUCGAGCUUAACUCGCGAUUAGAGGGAUCGAUCCUUUCGCUCUGAGUUUCUGCUUGACUCGGUUUGACCGUUUCUUGUUCGGUGAACGACGAACGAUCGUAGUCGUCGGUCGUUCGAAAAUUUCACGUCCAUUCGCGAACGAAAUCGAACUCGCCACUGGCAAGCAGGCACGAGGUGUUUGGAGGACGUACGUUUGGAUGACGCGCUAUCGGGAUCCGCGCGCCGUUUCAGGGUUAAAUCGACUCGAGCCGCAACUCCUACGAAACGAUCUCUCGAAGGCAACCGACCGAAGCCACCGCUUUUGCAAGUAGAUCGCUGUUAAGAUGGGCGAUCGUGGGUUCAAAGAACGGACAGCUAAUUGUACGAUUCGUCGCACGCCACAGGGUCCUUCCUUAGUGGAUACGCAGACAGAGUUUGAUCCUCGGCAGACCGAAUACUUUGGUUUUCGCGGCCAGCUGCGAAUCCAGAGACGUAAAACACGGCGGAGGAAGUUGAAGUUGCAGAACCUCGACGAUGGAACCAAAGUCGCUUAAUACGUAUAUAUUUUUCUGGAGUGUUUGGGGCGAGAGGAAAACGUAUCGUCGUUGUGUAACUUAAACUUAAACGAAGGGAGAUCUGUACGUAACCGUUGGUUAGAUAGUCACUCGUCGUUAAAGUAGAUCGUCCACCGAGCCCAGUAGGCAAAUGUCUCGCACGAAACGACAUCUCACGCGAUCUUUCAAGAUUAUUUAAACAAAAGAAAGAAUGCUGUACCCGUUUUAGUGUACUCCUGAAUCGUUCGACCGUUAUCGUGAAGCUAUCGUUUAAGUGUCAACCUGUCUCAAGGUACCUUUUUGUGGGCCGCAUACUUACUGCUGCUGCUGCUGCUGUUGCUGUUGCUGGAACAGACGCAAGAGGAAACGAAAAGAAACCACGAAACGAUGCUUGCGAUCGUCCGAUGACCGACCAUUUGCUCGCCCAGGCAUCCAGCUAGAAACUACGAACAAAGAGGCAACCGAUAUCGCACGUUGUUGAUCGAGUAUCUCAGCUUCAGAUCGCCAGUUUAGCGACGCGCAAACAAAUGCAACCUAGAAGAAUCAAAAUACGCGAAUACCCGUUGCCAUGAUCUACCGUUGAAAGGAUCGUUGAACCAGCCUUUAGCGAAUACAAUAAACGUUAAACUAGUUUUCAAAGCAAUAAUUACGUGGCAAGGGACGAACGUUGAAUCGUAUCGUAUCGUAUCGUAUCGUAUCGUAUCGUAUCGUCGCUUCGAUGUACGUUUCGCUGUUUCUUUUCGAUUCGCAGCUAUGAACGCCCGUAAGGAUGUACCUAUAAAUUAAAUGAAUAUAAAUAUAAAUAAAUAUAUAAAUAAGUAAAUAUAUAUAUAUAUAUAUAUAUAAAUAUAACGAGAAAGAAAUAACAAAGAAUCUAAGUGCGGAUCGAAGUCGCCGAAUUACCUGAGGUUCGCUGCAAUUCGGCCUCUUUGACGUCUAUGAUCCGUGACAAUACGGGUCAAUUGUAUAUGUAUAAAUAUAGAUAAUACUAUCGAAUCAUGAACCGAAACGUGGCUAAGUCUGUCUGUGAAUAUAAUAUCAAGUAUGUAAACAAAGAUGUGUUUUAGGCUAUUUGUAUUUAAACUAAUUUGAGCUGAUUGUUUACGUAUCCCUGGUACUUACGAGUGAUUAUACGAUAAAUACAAAUAAAUUAAUUAAAUAGUU